GGGAAAUACUGAAUUAGACUUAAACCAUGUGUAACCUAGCAAAGAGCGCUGGACUUUAAAUCACCAGCAAUGGAUUUUGUCUCAGGUUCUGUCACUACUGUGGUGGAUACAUUUGAAAAAUUAACAAAAAAGCUAGAAGGCAUUGGAGAUGCACAAAGACCCUUCCAUUUCCAACAGCCUCUAUUCAAUGCCAAAACCACUGAUUGUUCCAGUCAAUUUGGGCAACCUGGCCGUUGUAUCAUAGAGGAAACCUGAUAUCAUUCAGGGGUCUAUAAGACUGGGAGGCUUUGGGUUUCUGAGUUGAAGUCAUUUGUGUUUGCUCAGGAUAGAAAUAAGAGACAAAAAUCCAUUCUUCCUAUCAUUAAUUUAGUAGGUGUUGCUGAAGAAGUGAUAUUCAUUCAAACUAAUGUGUUUACUUGUUACACUAUGUCCAGGAAGGAUUCAGACUCCAAUGUCAUAUAAGAAACUGCUGUGCCCUCACCAGAAAAAUAUCCCCAGUUGUCCUGCUGUAAGUAUAGCCUCUUCGAAAGAACAAAGCCAUGGAGAAGUCAGUCCCUUCCUAGCACCAUCCAGUGGAUGGGACGAGACCCCACUGAUCUUCACCGUCAAACGAGAAAUUAAUAAGAGAGACAGAGGAGUACCCAAGCAGAGCUGGAGCUGCCCAUCCGUGGAACAGCGAGUAACAGAGAAGCCUCUCGGAUGUUACCCGGUAUACCCCGUGCACCUGGAGGCUAUAGGUACACACAUCAACAGACACAUGAGGACUCGGAACCAGCCCUCUCCCAGUUCCAAGAGAGAUCUUGUCCCACCGGGUCAGGGGAUGUUUUUUUUCUUUCCCAAUACAUCGCAGGUGCUGAUUUCUCAAACAUUCAGUUAUGAAGGAGAGACUUUUUUUUUUUUUUUAAGUCCUGGCGGGGGGCGGGUGCAUUCCACACACUCCCGUGUCACUCCUACCCUUCUUUGCCCUCCAGGUCCUGCUGCGAGGCCUUCCACUGUCAUCGGCAUCUGCACGAGAAGCCAUAUCUCCUGCGCCCCUUUGAGGGUCUCCAGGAGUUCCCCCCAGUCGCAGGUGGAGGAGACGAAAGCAGCCGAAGUGGGCGCUCCGGCCAACCCGGAUUCCCAAAGCGCCCUCCAGGGUGCGCCCGGAAAUCCAGUCGGAAGAGGCGCAGUUGCCAUGGCACCAGAGACGCUCCCCAAGCAUCCUCAUCCCCUGGGGAAAAGGGGGCCCAGGGCAGAUGCCUCCCUCCCUGGCAAUCUGGCAGGAGCACCCCUUUCUCAGUUUGCCGGGUCUCCCACCCAGCUCCCAUCAAAGGGGUUAAUCAAGGCUUGGUCUUGCCCCCCCAUGCGCCCACCCCAGCGCUUCCAGACGGCUUGUUCACAGGCCCCUCCCUGGCCGGGGGUGAAUGCUCGCUGACGCUGACCGCUGCGAGGGGAUUGUUCUGCGAGCGCGGCCCAUCUUCAAAUCAAUGCCUGCGCAGGACAACAGAAAGGGCCUCAGAUGCACUGGUUUCCACAGAACCAUUGUUAGGCUUUUGUGAAGCAGUUUUGAACCUAAUAAAUAAUGUCAAAAGUCUCUAUCGCAGCCAAAAAUGUUCCUUUUGAAGCAUUUCUAAUGGUAUUUUUGUUCCGCGGUGUCCCCCAGUGUCACAAAGAAUUUGUGCCUCACAAUGGGAAUGGGGUACAUCGCGUGCCACUUCGUAAUGCGCCUCCAGGGACUGCGAGGACCCCGCUUUGUUCAGCUCGCGCAGGUAAACGGUUUCACUUGCCAACUUGGGAUUUGGUUGAAGGAUGUUUUCUAAGGGCCUUUUGAAUUUCUAAACAGGGGUUUGGAAAACGUGAGCGCAUGUUUGUAAUUUAAUAGUUAACAUGAAAUUCGAUGACUCCUGAAGUGGCGAGGAGAAUUCUACAGGCUGUACUGAGGUUUUUA